AUUGUCAUAUUGACCAAUCGGAAAGCGUUUUAGUGAAGUCGCAUGGCAGAGAUUUAAUUCUUGGCCAGGACAUUGUGAUUCUCGUUUUCGAAAGGACUGCCUGUUAAAAAUUUGUGAAAUGGCGACAGAAUUGAACAGCAAAGGACGGACCCAUUUGUUUAAAAACAAAGGGAAGGAUGCAGAUGAAAUGAGAAGGCGGCGUACUGAAGUAACAGUUGAGAUCAGAAAGAACAAGAGAGACCAGCAUGUGUUGAAGAGAAGAAAUGUACCAAUACAGGACAGUACUGACUCUGACGACACAGAGAAGCCGACCAGCCAGUCCCUACAGUCCAUAGUGGAGAACGCAGCAAGCCAAAACUCCACAGUACAACUCAACGCUGUACAGGCCGCCAGAAAGCUGCUGUCCAGUGACAGGAACCCCCCAAUAGACGACCUGAUCGCCUCGGGAAUCCUCCCCAUCCUAGUCGAGUGUCUUCUGAAGGACGACAACCACAAUCUUCAGUUUGAAGCGGCCUGGGCACUGACAAACAUUGCAUCAGGAACCUCCCAACAGACACAAGCAGUAGUGAAUGCUGGGGCCGUGCCAUUGUUCCUGAGACUGCUCUCCUCCAAUCACCAGAACGUCUGUGAGCAGGCUGUGUGGGCCCUGGGGAACAUCAUAGGUGACGGUCCACAGUGCAGAGACUACGUCAUUAACUUGGGCGCGGUGAAACCACUGCUGAACUUCAUCAACCCCAACAUUCCUCUGCCAUUCUUAAGAAACGUCGCCUGGGUGAUCGUGAAUCUCUGCAGGAACAAGGAGCCCCCUCCCCCACUGGAGACCAUUCAGGAGAUCCUGCCCGCCCUGUGUCAGCUGAUCCAUCACACAGACAUUAAUAUCCUGGUGGACACUGUGUGGGCGUUGUCCUACUUAACGGACGGCGGCAAUGAACAGAUACAAAUGGUGAUCGACUCCGGGGUGGUGCCCUUCCUCGUCCCUCUCCUGAGCCACUUAGAUGUCAAAGUGCAGACGGCAGCCCUUCGAGCCGUCGGGAACAUUGUAACAGGAACUGAUGACCAGACACAGAUUGUCCUCAACUGUGAUGCCCUCUCUCACUUCCCCUCAUUGCUGACCCAUCCCAAAGAGAAAAUUAAUAAGGAGGCAGUGUGGUUUUUAUCUAAUAUAACGGCUGGAAAUCAGUCCCAAGUGCAAGCUGUGAUAGAUGCCGGUCUUAUCACACUCAUAAUUCAUCAUCUGAUGAGGGGUGACUUCCAGACAAAGAAAGAAGCAGCCUGGGCAAUUAGCAAUCUAACAAUUAGUGGUAACAAGGAACAGGUGGCGAAAGUGGUUGAGAACGGAGUGAUUUCCCCUUUCUGUGAUUUAUUGGGAGUUAAGGACACUCAAGUAGUGAAUGUUGUGUUGGAUGGAAUUAAUAAUAUACUGAAGAUGGCCGGGGAGGAUGUAGAAAAUAUCUGUACAAUGAUAGAGGAAUGUGGGGGAUUAGACAAAAUAGAAGCUUUACAGAACCAUGAAAAUGAAGAUAUUUACAAGUUGGCGUAUGAAAUAAUAGAUCACUACUUCUCAGAUGAUACUGAAGAAGACCCUAACCUUGCCCCUGAGGUGUCCAGCCAGGGCUACCAGUUUGAUCCGAGCGCCAGUGUUCCGCAAGAAGGCUUCAAGUUCUGACACAGUGUGGUGGUCUGUGAGAGGGUCCUGCCGUGGUGCGGACUUUUGGUGGCUCCAUCGGCGGAGAGAGUGUGUGUGUGAGGUCAACCACUGACUCCCAGUGUAUUCUCCAGUGAGUGAGAGAGGGGAGAGAGACACACAGACAAUAGCGGGCGGUCACUGACCGACCCCCGGGAGACUUGGGUCAGCUGAGGUCCAGCUGACCGCAGUCCCUGCUUGUUUUCACCGUGAAAACAAAUUUGGUGAUAGCUUUUUUAUAAAAAGGGAAACACUCGUGUAAAGCUAUUUUAUAAUCGUUUUAACCUUCUACGCGUAGGAGUGUGAGAUUCCAGUCCUGGACACGACGAAGUGUCCGAAUGUGAGGCUUGUACCGGUUUUAACGCUGAACGGAAACACAUGUUGUGUCUUCCCUUGAGCUUCUGUUAAAGUGUGUAUUGUGUUCCUAGAUGAGUACUGGUGUGAUAGGCAUUAUCUCCUCUUUCUUCUUUUUGUUUUUAUCCUCGCCUGAAUGCAUUUAAUGACAUGAAAUUGAGAGUAUUGGUGUAAGAGAGUAUGGGAAUUGUGUUAGAUACAAUGUUACCACAUUGUAGGUCCACUGAAUUCUAGUGUGCAUUUUUUGAUUAAAGAGUGUGUGUAUGUUUGUUGUUUAAACCAAUUUAUGACUUUCUAAAAAUCAUCUUUUUUUUUUUUGUUGAUGCCAACUCAAGGUGGCAGAAUACAUCCAUAUUUAGUGGUGCUUUUUGUUUUUAGACAUCAGUCAAGGGGGAAUAAAUUAUGGGGAUUGGGAUAGGGUAUUUUAAAAAUUCUGUUUGUGUUCUACAAAUAUUUGUACUUGAGACAAGUGUUGAAUUCUUCCUUGUAUGAUGUGCAUGUAAAAUUAGUAACACCUGUGAAUUAUCUCUGGAAAGAAAUACUGGAUGUAUAUGUACACUUGUGAAUUAACUCUUUAGUAAAAGAGAAAGCAUAACUGAUUAAUGGCUUGCUCUAGUUAAUAAAUUAAGUAUGUAUAAAAUUGUGGUAUAUAUACAAAAGUCAUGUAGUUUUCUUUACAAUUGAGAGUUAUGCCCCUUGAUUUUCAAGUUUUUAUCUACACUUUAAGCUUAUUGCUUUGAUUCCUACAGAGCUGAUCGUUUCUUGCUACGAUGCACUUAAGGUUUCUGUUAACAAGAAAUGCCAUUGUACAUUUUAGUAGCAAGAGUUUAUAUGCAAAGAUAUUAAAUUGUACCAAAAUGUUUUAGGAAUUUCUUUUAACUACAAUGUGCAUGUUAUUGUGAUAAGGCAGAUGGCUUUUGUCAUCUCUUGUUCAUUUUCCUUUGAGCUAUGGAUAGUAAAUCUUGUUAAACAUUUUG